AUGUAAAAAGAGGAUGAUAUGGAGAUUGAGUUUAAAUUACUUGAUUUGAAUGAUGUCGAAGAGACUGAUUUUGAAAAAUUUGCUUUGAAUAGACCUCAAAUUGAAAAACAUUUUGAAGAAUUAAAUUUUAAACAUUUCGAUAUCACCUAAAAUGAAGAGACCAAAUAAUGGCAACUCACAAUCACACUAGAAUAGUGAGUUAAAAUAUAAUAUUAAUUCCUUAGGUUUUCUAAUAAAUUCUUAGCAUUAUGUACAACAACAAUCAAUUUUCUAAGAAAGCGUAUAGAUUGUAAAUCAUUCAUUGCUAAACCUGAUGGUCAACUCAUUUAAGUUAAAGAAAAAGUAAAUAUUUUAUUUUAUUAUUUUUAUAGUACCUAUAAAGAUUAUUAGCAAGAUACUUUUGUAGAAUUAAUAAUUCAUUGCGUUUUGGAUGUUUUUGUAUAGAAAAUGAGACUGGUUAGAUAUAAUUAAAAUUAAAUUCUGUUAUGAUUUAAGAACAUUGGACAGACUUAAUAUGUUUAUAUCCUAUUUAGACAGAUGGCUAAAAUUAAGGAUCAUUGUCAAGUCUAUUAAAAGUACUACAUUUCACAUCCCAUUAUGCAAUUGGAUAUCACAUAUAUAGAUUAAUGCAUUUAAUAAAUAAAUUAUCAUACAAAGUCUUUCCAUUUUUAGAAUAAAAAUUGUAAGAUCAGUAUCGUAAAAUUCCCCCUUAAUUUGACAUAUAUCUACAAAGAAUCAAUGAUAUAAUUUAGAAGUAAAAAAAUAAUUUUAAUUUAGUAAAUGCACCACACCAAUAACAGAAGAAGAUACUCGAUUAUUCUAAUAACAUUUUAAUUAUGCAAAAUAACCAAAUCCAUCAUUUAAGAUAAUGAAUUCAAUAUAAUUUUCUAAUCCUGAUCAAGUAGAUAAUGGUGAAGGAUAUGAAUUAAUAGGAGAGGGAGGAUUUUCAAUAGUUAAAAAAGGUUAAUUGGCUUUUACUCUUGUUUAAAAUUCUGGAACUAAUACAUAGAAGGUAGAAACAGAAGAACCUACAGGAGUAUUAAAAUAAAUAUAGCCUGUUAAUAAUUCAGAUUAAAAUGAAAUACAGACUUUUACAAAAAGGACUAUAGUAAUUAAAAAAGAUAAGGAUAGAGAGAAGGAUAAAGUAGUUUAAUAGAAUGAAAAGGGAGAAAAGAAAUUUUUACAAAGUAGAAUUGUUUAAGAAAAAAAAAUACUGUAUAAAAUUUAUCUAAAAUUUUUAGCGAAAUAUUGUCUUAACCUUUAUAUGAUAAAUAGAAAUUAAUUUUCAAUGGAUAUUGUCCAUAUAUUGCAUAAUUCUAUAAAGCAGAUACUGUUGAUAAGAACAAUAUGCCUUUAUUUAAUGAACAUUUAUUUAUGGAAUUCUAUUAGCAUACAUCAUUGGACAAUUUCAGAUCAAAAUUCUAGACAACUUAGAGUUUGAACACAAGACUAUAUAUACUAUUCUAAAUUGCACAUGCUCUUAGGUAUUUAUCUUAUUAUGGAGUUAUUCACAAUGAUUUAAAGCCUGGUAAUAUAUUGGUAUUCAUUUUAUAUUUAUUAAAGAUUGCCAAACAUUAUAAUGCAAAAUUGACAGAUUUUGGAGAAGCUAUGUACAAAAAGGGAGAUUAGGUUUUAAUAUAAGGAGGUGAUGGAAGAACACUUCCUUUUGCUGCUCCAGAAUCUUUACCUGAAGAAUAAAAUACUUCAUAAUCAAAUUAAUCUAAAAUUGAUCAUAAAUCAGAUAUUUUCUCAUUUGGCAUUUUGAUGUAUGAGUUUCUAUUUGAAUAAUACCCCAUAGUAAGAAUUAAUUCCUAAAUUUGAGGAUUUCAAAAAAAGUAAUCUCUCCAAUUUAUAAGAACGAUAUAAAUUUAAGACUUAUUAAAUUAGAUCUAACAUUGAUUUUAUAAAAACAUUUGGACCUAAGCAUCUAAUGAAAUGUCUUCGUAAUUUAGCUAUUAAAUGUCUUCAUCCUGAACCUUAAAAUAGACCAAAUAUAGAAUGGAUAAUCAUAUGUCUUAAAGAAGGAUUGAUGUAUCUAGAAAAGAUGUAUUGA